GAAACACUGAGCUACAGAUACCACCAUACACUGACACCACCACCAGCUACAGACACCACCUGCUGACACCACCAGCUACUGAUACCACCAGACACUGACACCACCUGCUACAGAUACCACCAGACACUGACACCACCCGCUACAGAUACCACCAGACACUGAUACCACCAGCUACAGAUACCACCAGACACUGAUACCACCAGCUACAGAUACCACCAGCUACUGAUACCACCAGACACUGACACCACCAGACACUGACACCACCAGACACUGACACCACCAGCUACCGAUACCACCAGACACUUAUACCACCAGACACUGACACCACCCGCUACUGAUACCACCAGACACUGACACCACCCGCUACAGAUACCACCAGCUACUGACACCACCAGCUACAGACACCACCAGCUACAGAUACCACCAGCUACUGAUACCACCAGCUACAGAUACCACCAGACACUGACACCACCAGCUACUGACACCACCAGCUACUGAUACCACCAGACACUUAUGCCACCAGCUACUGAUACCACCAGACACUGACACCACCAGCUACAGACACCACCAGACACUGACACUACCAGCUACUGACACCACCAGACACUGAUACCGCCAGCUACAGACACCACCAGCUACUGAUACCACCAGACACUGACACCACCAGCUACUGACACCACCAGACACUGACACCACCAGCUACUGGCACUGCAGCAUUAGGCACUGAGGUCUCAUUGUCCCUCAGAGCUGCAGGUCCCAUGAGGCGGAACCUUUCUUUCCGGGCGGAACGUUGUGUCGUUGGUCCUGUGUUCCCGGCGGGGCGGUGCUGGGCGGACGGGCCUGCAGGGACUGAGCGGAGGCGGGGGAGACUCGGAGAGGCCGGAACAGGGGAGACCUGAGACAGAGAGAGAGACCCCGGGGAGGGGACAGGUCCGAGCCGUACGUCGUGUGAGCUCUCCGUCUGUCCAGUCAGUAUGAGCAGAUAACGUGUUGCUCUCUGGCCGGAUUUGCAAUGUCUGACGCGUCCAUCUCGGCAAGUGAGCCAGAGCUUGAGCCACAAGAAGAGGAGGAGGAGGAGGAAGAAGGUGAGGGUGAGGGUGAGGAAGACGACGACGAUGAUGAUGAAGAUGAUGAAGAAGAAGACGACGAUGAAGAUGAAGCUGCAGAGGAAGAUGGAAUGGAUGAUGAGAAUGAUGGAGAUGAUGAGGACGACGCGAAUGAUAAAAAAGAAAAGUCUCAGAGUGCCGCACUGGAUGCAGACGACGCUGAACGCAGUGGAGAUGGGGAAAGGAAAAACUCAACUACCUCAGAACAGAGUGGACCGGAGGGGAGGACAUCCCCGAGCGAGGACGCCAUGAAGAAGUGGCCACAGAAACCGACAAAUAUGAGGAGGAACAUCAGGAAGCUCCUCCGCGAGGACCAGUUAGAGGCUGUGACCAAGACAGCCCAGCAGGAGGAGCUGGAGAGACGCAAACGCCUGGAGCAGCAGAGGAAGGACUAUCCGUUGCCUAUGCUCCCCACCUUGCCUGCUGUACCCCUAGACUUCCUCCAUGAAGAAAUAGAGUUAAGGUCGGCGGAUGUAUCGCAGCUGGUGGGAGAUCAGGAGAUUAUCUGUCUGGAUAGUAGCAGCGGGGACAGUGAGGAUGACACUCAGCGGGCCGUCCUGGGCAUAAAAGAUGGUGAGAGGCAGAUAGAAAUAAUUGAGCUGAGCUCAGGGGAUGAGGACUCUCUGCAGGUUGAGGACAGCGGCGAUUCCACCAAUGAGGCUGAUGAUGAUAUCGGCAACGAGAACAGCGGCUCUCACGUCAAUGACACAGUGAACCAUCCUGAUGCUUUAGGCCAGGUCCUCGUCAAUAUUAACCACCCGCCCAAUGAGAAGGACAUUUUCUUGGCUCCACAACUGGCCCGAGCUGUGAAACCACACCAGAUUGGAGGCAUCCGUUUCCUGUACGACAACCUGGUGGAGUCUCUGGAGAGGUUCUCCGGCAGCAGUGGAUUCGGCUGUAUUUUGGCACACAGCAUGGGAUUGGGGAAGACUCUGCAGGUCAUCUCGUUCCUGGACGUGCUCUUCCGGAACACGUCAGCCAAGACUGUGCUAGCGAUUGUACCGGUAAACACUCUACAGAACUGGCUGGCCGAAUUCAACAUGUGGCUUCCUGCGCCAGAAACAUUGCCUGCUGACCACAACCAUGAGCUGCUCCAGCCGCGGUCGUUCAAGGUCCACACUAUGAAUGAUGAGCACAAGACAACAGUUGCUCGAGCCAAAGUUGUAAAUGACUGGUCAACCUCUGGGGGAGUCCUCCUGAUGGGGUAUGAGAUGUACCGGCUUCUGUCCCUCAAGAAAUCCUUCACUGUGGGGAGGAAGAAGAGAAGUAAGAAAGCGGCGGGACCGGUCAUCAUAGACUUAGACGAGGAAGACCGCCAGCAGGAGAUGCUGAAAGGGAUAGAGAAAGCACUGUCCCGCCCCGGGCCGGAUGUUGUCAUCUGUGAUGAGGGCCAUCGUAUAAAGAACUGUCACGCCAGCACGUCUCAGGCCCUGAAGAACAUUCGCUCCCGAAGGAGGGUGGUGCUGACGGGCUACCCGCUGCAGAACAACCUCAUCGAGUACUGGUGCAUGGUAGACUUUGUGCGGCCGGACUUUCUGGGCACGCGGCAGGAGUUUAGCAACAUGUUUGAGAGACCCAUCCUAAAUGGACAGUGUACAGACAGCACCCCCCAGGACAAGCGGCUGAUGAGAUAUCGCAGCCACGUGCUGCAUAGCCUGCUGGAAGGCUUUGUACAGAGACGUGGACACACUGUUUUGAAGGCUCAGCUCCCAUCUAAAGAAGAGCAUGUUAUCUUGGUGCGCCUGUCUCCGAUCCAGCGGGCCCUGUACACGGAGUUCAUGAACCGAUUCCGAGAUGCGGGGAAUAGUGGAUGGCUGGGCCUGAACCCUCUGAAAGCUUUCUGUGUGUGCUGCAAGAUUUGGAAUCACCCCGAUGUGCUCUAUGAGGCCCUGCAAAAGGAGAAUCUAGCCAAUGAGCAGGAUCUGGAUGUAGAUGACCUUGGUACCAACACCCGAUGCCAGCCCCAAAAUGCAAAGGUCAAGGUGGAGCCUGGUACCCUGGGAGCUCUUAUGGGAGAGGCUGCCAACAGUAAACUCCUGCAGGGAAUGGCCAUUAACGCCAGCCAGGAGAAAGCCAAUCAAGUCGUUACCUAUGAAUGGGCUAAGGAGAUAAUGUCCGACUACCAGACGGGCGUGCUGCAGAACUCCCCCAAAAUGGUUCUGCUUUUCCACCUGAUUGAGGACAGCAUGAGGUUGGGUGACAAGACCCUAGUGUUCAGUCAGAGCCUUUCCACACUGACCAUCAUGGAGGAGUUCUUGGCUAAGAGACCCAUGCCGGCCACACCAGGUUCCGAAGGGCAGGAGGCCCACACGUGGGUCCGGAACGUCAACUAUUACCGACUGGAUGGCAGCACCUCGGCCUCAGAAAGGGAGCGGCUAAUAAACCAGUUUAAUGACCCCGCCAACCACAACGUCUGGCUGUUUCUGCUUUCCACCCGUGCCGGCUGUCUCGGGGUCAACCUGAUUGGCGCCAACAGAGUGGUGGUGUUUGACGCCUCUUGGAACCCGUGCCACGACGCCCAGGCUGUGUGCCGGGUGUACAGAUACGGGCAGAGGAAACCCUGUAACAUUUACCGGCUAGUCUCUGACUUCACCCUAGAGAGGAAGAUCUACGACCGCCAGAUAAGCAAGCAGGGAAUGUCGGACCGCGUGGUGGACGACCUAAACCCAGACGUGAAUUUCACCCGCCGGGAGGUGGAGAAUCUGCUGCACUUUGUGGAAGAGGAGCCGGACCUGUUGCGUCAGCAUCUUGAACCUUCUAAUUUCUGCGAGACGGUCCUGCAUAAAGCAUGUGUUUUGUACCCCCACCUUAUUACCAAGGAUCCUUUCCAGCACGAGUCUCUUCUCCUUGAUCGCAAAGAGCAAAAACUGACGCAGGCCGAGAAGAAAGCAGCAAAGCGCAGUUACGAGGAAGAGAAACGGGCGUCUGUUCCCUACACCCGGCCGUCCUAUACCCAGUACUACCCCUCACAGGACCACAGCCUGGCAAAUAUUCCAGCUUUUAGCCAGCGGAACUGGCGCCAGUUCCUGAAGGGGGAAGACAGGCCGGUGGCUAGUGUUCGGCCCGUGCAGUCCACACCCAUCCCCAUGAUGCCCCGUCACAUUCCUGGGAGCCACGCCGGAUCUGCCUCGGGCUCCGUCCACUUUAACUUCCCUGUAAACUAUCUGCAGAGAGCCGGGGUCCUGGUCCAGAAGGUGGUCACCACCACAGACAUCGUUAUUCCUGGAAUGACCACAUCCACGGACGUACAGGCGCGGAUCAGCGCUGGCGAGAGCAUACACGUCAUCCGCGGCACAAAAGGAACAUAUAUCCGUACCAGUGAUGGGCGGAUAUUUGCCAUCAGGUCAAGCAGCAAACACAAGAGCCCCGAAGGCCGGCGUCCUGGGUCGUUCGGUGCUCAGGGCCAGUCUGGAGCGUAUAUGAGUAACGGGCGACAUACAGCCAGCCCAUCUGCCCAGGACACCGAGGAGCCAUCGCGGCCUCUCUCUCCGGAUAGCCCAGAGAUUCUCAAUGAGCUGCAGCAGUACGCAGAAGCUGCGGUGGCUCGCGGAACCCACAGCGCCCCUCCUCUUCCACAUCAUAACCCCCACCAUCAUCAGGGUCUACACCAGGCUCCCAAGACACAGUCCAGGAAACGGAGGGAACCGGCUGACCAGUCCGGCCACUGGCCCUCCAGUAAGAGGAACCCCUACAACCAGCUUGGUUACCCGGGGGCAGGAGGCUACGGAGUGACCCCGUCCUCAAUGACACACAGCCUGUCUAGAGCGGCAAACUCUUUGUACAUGGGCAGCGGCUCGUCCCACUUCCAGCUGCCUUCACUGCUGUCGGACCCCCAGUUAGGCCCGCCGCUGGUUGCAGACUCCCUAAUGACGCACUCUUCGGGCUCUUCAUCUGCGCCGUCCGGUGUGUCCCCUUACCUUCUGCCUCCCAGUUUUUCUCUCCCAUUUACGCAGCCGUUACUACCCCAGACCCGAAUGUUUGCCCCAUUCCCUUCUUCAGUGCUUAACCGAGGACUUCCUGCCAACAACGCAGCAUCCACCUACCCUGGCUACCUCUCCUCCCAAUCUGGCUACCAGGCCCCUGCUUCUGGAACUGCGUCUCGCUCACUUCCUUUGAUGGAAGCAGAGCUUGGGUCCAGUGAGGAGGACGGGAAAGAUGACGAUGUGGUGGAGGUAACCGAGAAGUGAUGGGAAGACUCUGGACAUAAGCUACGGCAGGUUGGCAGAGGACUAUACCACCCUCACAUUCACCCGGUUCUCAUCCGAGUUGUGGCCGCCCUGGGCCAGAUGUUCCGUUGUGGGGGGUAUACACUGUGGCCGAGAAGUGUUCUUCAGAUGAAAGGCGGUGCUGGGCCAACAAGCACAGGAAACGAGCCCGUUUUCAUCUUUGUGUCAUUCCACAGAAAGAGGACGAAAUGCUGGGGGGCGGGGCUGGGGGGGGGGGGGUCUGAUGUCACUCCCCUCAUAGAACUUUUAAAGUCCUCCCUGAAAAAAAAGGAACGUCCAUUUUUGAACUUCCAAACUUCUCCUUCCUCAUACAUGUGUUACAGUUGAAUGUUGCGUUGGAUUGUCAUAGACAGGGGCAAGAAAUGUUCAUCUUUUGUCCAAAAUACAUCUCGUAGAGCGGCAAAUAUGUUCUCCUCCCGGGCAGGUAAUGAGCACAACACUACAAUGCGGUGUAAUCGGCGAGGAGGGUGCUGUCCUCGGACACAGAGUCAUGUACUGUGGGUAGGAGCCGGUGGGACGCUAUCCCGGAACUUGGUCUCAUUCAUUCAUUCAGUACCUGUCACGGCAUCCAUGUUGCCGCUCUCCGGCGGUGCGUGGGGAGAGAAGGGGCGUAUUGUACAUUCAGAGGAAGAGGCUUUUAGAACAGGAUAUUUUUGUUUUUAGAAACAUGAUCUGUAAAAAUUAGUUGCCGCUAUCUAAGCGCUGAAAAACUCUAGGCCCCCUCCCCGGCCUAGCAGUGAAGGGGUUAAUGCAUUCAGGUCCUUCUGAUAUUUUAUUGUACUUGAAAAUUAUUAUUUUUUUAUUCUUCUGUACGUCGGACAAACCUAUUUAUACACCUUCACAGAGUAACCUGGAGGGGGCAUCACCUACUG